AUUUCCACAAGCGUCAAUUUUGACGCAUGGUUGUUUUAUUUCGGAGCCCGUUUUUGUUAAAGAUUUUCACUACAUGCGUUACCAAAAAAUCGAAUGGUUAUCGGAUAAUGCCAAGACAAUUUUCUCAAGCGCCUCCGAAAAAAAAAUUGAAAGUAAGUCACAAGUAUACAAAAAUGGUGAAGUCAGAAAACGGAACGGGAAGCACGUCUGGAGAACAUAACCCUAGUAUGGAUCAUGGCAAUUGUGGAAAUUCCAAUGAAACAACAAACGAUGUUUUGAUGCAAGAUUUUUCAAACAUCAAAAUCGAGUAUCUCGAAUCACCAAUCAAGUCAGAAAACGAUAAGAAAGAAUACAGAGUUAUCAAAUUACCAAAUGGCCUUACCGCUCUCUUGAUUGCUGAUCCUAGUCCAGUUUCGUGUCAAGAUGAUCCUACCCUUGCUGUUAAGGAUGGAGAAAAUGACCAUGCAAAAGCAGCGAGCGAAGAUGAAGAUGAGAGUGGGAGUGAAGAAAAUGGAGAAAGUGAUGAAGAAGAUGAUGAUGAGGAUGAUGAGGAUGACAGUGAGGAUAAUGAAGACGAUAUGGAUCAGAUCGACAACGAUGCUGGAGAUGAAUCAAGGGCUAAGAAGAUGAAAAGAGAGGAAAAAAUGGCAGCUUGUGGAUUGUGCAUUGGCGUAGGGAGCUUCAGUGAUCCUCCAGAAAUACCUGGAAUGGCUCAUUUUUUGGAGCACAUGGUAUUCAUGGGAUCUAAAAAAUAUCCGCAGGAAAACGACUUUGACGCAUUUAUAAAAAAACAUGGUGGUUCCGACAAUGCGUAUACCGAGUGCGAGCAAACGACGUUUCAUUUUGAGAUACAAGAAAAAUUUCUGCACAGCGCACUCGAUCGUUUUGCUCAAUUUUUCAUAAGUCCCUUGAUGAAACGUGACGCUAUUACUCGAGAACGAGAAGCAGUAGAGAGUGAAUUUCAGAUGGCGUUACCGUCCGAUUUUCACAGGAAAGAACAGCUCUUCAGCAGCUUAGCAAAAACUGGACAUCCCGCGACCAAAUUUGUUUGGGGUAAUUUGAUUACCCUCCGCGAUAAUGUUACGGAUGACAAACUCUAUGAGGAAUUGCACAAAUUUCGUCAACGUCAUUAUAGCGCUCAUCGAAUGACUGUAGCAAUACAGGCGAGAUUACCGCUCGACACACUGGAAAAUUACGUUAAGGAGUGUUUUUCCAACGUACCGAAUAACAAUUUGCCUCCUACAAAUUUUGAUGAAUAUAAGGGCGCCGAAUCAUUUAAGACGUCGCGCUUCCAUCGAAUGUACAAAGUAAAACCCAUCAAAGAUGUUUGCCAGGUCGAAUUAACUUGGACAAUGCCAUCGCUUCUUCAUCUAUACAAGAGCAAACCACAUCAAUACGUCUCUUGGAUUAUCGGUCACGAGGGCAAGGGAUCGUUGAUCAGCUAUCUACGAAAAAAAAUGUGGUGCUUGGAUGUUUUCAGCGGAAAUGGUGAAAGCGGUUUCGAACAUAGCUCCAUGUACGCCCUUUUCAGUCUUACUCUCGUGCUCACCGACGAAGGUCGUAAAAAUUUGAAGGAUGUUCUUGACGCUGUUUAUUCUUACAUCAAUCUUAUGAGACGCGAAGGUCCCCAAAAACGUAUUUACGACGAGAUUCAUAGAAUUGAGGAAACCAAUUUCAGAUUUUCCGAUGAAACACCGCCUGACCAAUACGUCGAGGAUCUCUGCGAAAAUAUGCACUUUUACGCACCGGCUCAUUAUAUAAAUGGUUCCGAAUUGUACUUCGAGUACGAUCCUGUAUCUAUAAAAUCUUGUAUGGACAUCUUAACUCCGGAAAAUGUGAAUAUCAUAAUAUUUGAUAAAAAGUUUAACGAGGAUGAGUUCAGCAAGGUUGAGCCGUGGUUCAAAACGAAAUACGCAGACAUUGAAAUACCCGCUGAUUGGAUAAAAUAUUGGCAAAACGUAGAACCAUUUUCAGGUUUCCAUUUACCGGAACCAAACAUUUUUGUAACUGAUGAUUUCACUCUCAUAUCAAAACCAGAGAAGCCACCAGAAUAUCCUGUCAAAGUUUAUUCAGACUCUCAUUCCGAAGUGUGGUACAAACCUGACACAAAGUUCAGAUUGCCCGAGUGUUAUAUGAAUUUUUUUUAUAUAUCACCGUUGCCAUUGCAGUCACCAGAAAAUUUCGCUAUGCUCGAUCUAUUCGUGGCGAUUCUCAAGCAAUUGUUAACUGAGGAAUUAUAUUCAGCUACAGCAGCUGAGCUGCAUUACACGAUAAUGUCUUGCGAGAUGGGUCUUGUAGUCAAACUGAAUGGAUUCAAUCAAAAAUUACCUCUCCUACUGGAAACGAUAACAAAAUACAUAGCAAAUUUUUCGAACCUCGUUACGGAAGAAUUGUUCGAAGUUAUGAAAGAAGAAGCAUCGAAAGCGUACUACAAUACGUUUUUAAAGCCAGGAAAGCUUAUUAAAGAUGUGAGGAUGUCGAUACUCAUGCUCGUUUAUUGGCCGGCCAUCUACCGGCACGCUGCCAUUUCGGGUAUAACAUUCCAACAAAUGCGCCACUUUGCAGAGCAUUUCACCAAUCACAUAUACACGAAGUGCCUCAUUCAAGGAAACAUGACGGAGGCUGAUGCUAUUGAAAAUGCGCGAAAUUGUAUCAAAAUAUUGAAUUGCGGCGCUCUCUUACCAGGCACCAUGCCCGAGUACAGAAUCAUGCAAAUUCCAAUGGGUACACGAUAUUGCAGGGUCAAAAACUUUAAUUCUACUGAUUCGAAUUCCAACGUUACGAAUUAUUAUCAGUCUGGUGGUACGGCGAUAAAACCCGGUGUUUUAGUGGAGUUAAUUAUGAUGAUAAUGGAAGAGCCACUUUUCAAUCAGCUUCGAACGCAAGAACAGCUUGGUUACAACGUUUUUUGCCUUAUGAGAGAUACAUUUGGCAUUCUUGGUUAUUCUAUCAGCGUUUGUGUUCAAGCGGACAAAUACAGUACGGAACAUGUUGACGAAAGAAUUGAGGAGUUUUUGAAAAACUUCAAAAAAACAUUAGACGAAAUGACGGACCAGGAAUUGCAGACGGUUAAAGAGGCACUUACUAAAACAAAACAGUGCACCGAUGUACAUUUCAAGGAAGAAGUUGACAGACAUUGGACUGAGAUCAAUUCUGGCGAAUAUGUUUUUGACAGAUCAGCGCGAGAAGUUGAAGCGAUUGAACAAAUUACAAUGGACGAUCUGAAACAAUGGAUAACAGAUCACACUAUUGGAGGUUCCAAAUUGCGAAAACUAAGUGUCCAAGUUAUCGGUUGCGAUGGUCGAUCCACAAAAAAAUUGGAAAGCUCCGUGACUCAGGAUAAGAAAAAUGAUGAAUCGAAUUCGGAAACAGACCGCAAUGCUAACACGCAGAAUGAUGGAAAAGUGGAUUAUUCCUUCCAAUAUUUGUGUGAUUUACCGGACGAGAAGUCAAAAAAAUCAGCCGACUCUUACAUAACCAACAUCGAAGAGUUCAAGCGUGAUCUUUACGUUUUUCCCAUUUACAAAUCAACCUCAUGAUAAUACCAAAUCCAACCUAGUCUCCGGUAAUUGCAUUUCAUAGUGACUCUGUAAGGAAUUUUGAUUGUUUCUUCGUUCGAUGUGCAUGGAGGCCUAUUAUCACUGCCUAAUCAUGAAAAAUCAGGUACAAUCAUCUAUAUUGCUAUUCGCUCGGCGGGUAAUCUUACGAAGGAGCACACAACACGGAAUUGAAGGAAUUAUAACAGUCUUUGCGGUGGAUAUUUUCACGUUCCUUACGUACACGAGAUUGCGAACCUAACUGAUAUGGAUGAAGAUUUGUAAAAAAAAAUUGUAAAAUUGAGAAAAGAAUAAAUAAAACAAAUAUAAAAAUCUUAA